CUUAGAACUAAGGGUAAUUAGAUCUGUUUUGUUAACACCGAUAUUGGUUUUAAACCGAAGACUUUCGCAUUCCUGAAUCAUGACAGCUCAUCUAUGUAUGAGAAGGGGUCAUUGGGUAUAUUUAACAGUACUGUUGUUAGUUUACAUUAAUUCUGUUCAAGCAUUGAACUGCUAUGUGUGCAAUUCAACAUUGGAUGACAACUGCAAUGCAAAAUUUGAAAAGACUGAGAUAAACCCUGUAAAGCCGCAACAUUGUAAUGUCUACAAUGCCAAAUAUUGCAUCAAAGUCUAUGGAAUGUGGGGAGGUGUGGUUGGCACUCAUCGAUUUUGUAGUUCCCGUGAUAUGGGCGAACAAUGUCAAGACAUUUGGUAUGCCGAUCAUGAGCGUAUGUACAGAUCCUGCGUAUUCACUUGUUCUGGUGACGCCUGUAAUGCCACAGAAAGACUUUCAACAAAAUGGUACCAUAUAUCUGCAGGAAUGAUUUUGAGUCUUGCCUGUAUUCUUUUCACUUCAAAUUUACAUUAGUGUCUGUGAACAUUUUUUCUUUUUUUUAUAACAGUGCAUAUUUGAACUCUUCUAUUGAUUUCAUAUUACCAUAAAUGAAGAGGUAAAAAUGUAUUUUAGUAUAUCAAUUUCCGAUAUACUAUUGUCUCUUUUUGUAAAUGUAAAGAUAAAGUGUGAGCAUAUAAUAACAUCAAUAAAUGAUUUAGAGACACCUAUGUAAUGCAAAAAGCAUUAAGAGAGAUUUCAUAUAUAUAUAUUUUGUAUAGUUUGUUAUAUAUGUCUUCUUUUUCUUUAACAAUACAUAUGUUUUAUACUUUGCUUUCUUCAUUAGAAUCAUUUCAGAGAAGCAGUUCAUAUCAAAUAUUAAAUGAUAAUUAAUCAAGUCAAUUUGUAGACUGUUUUGCUACUUUCAAAGAUGGUAGUGAAACCUUCCAAAAUACUUCAUAGUUUCUAUGUUAAUACAUGAGCAAGACUGAAUAUUGUGUGUGUGUGUAUGAGACAUAAUAAUUCCAAUGAUCUGGAUCAGUGUUUCCCAAACCUUCUCUCGGGAACCCUUGAAAUACAUUCUUUAUCUGAGGGAACCCCUACAUAUGAUUAGUAUUAAUCUUUAUUAAUGUUUUUUUUUUCCUCUUUCAUAAAGUAAAAUUUCAUAGGAGAUUAAGCAAAUUAUAAAACUGUUUUUGAUAGAUUUUGCACUGUGAAACCUACCAGUUGUCACAAAAAUAUUAGAAAUUCCAUUUUAAUCAAAUGCUUGGUUAGAAUCCCUUAAAAAUUCCUUAUUAUGAGGUUAUUUUCCUCAUCAAGUUACCUUACACCUCACAGCUGCCAGAAUUUUCCUGUUUUAGGGAAUAAUCUUAUAUGUCCAUAUAAUAAUACUACAAACAAGAAGUAAAAUUAAAUGUAAAAAUGAUUCAGAAAUAUAUUUGAUUACUAUUAGCCAUUUAUUAUCACCAUUUCUGAUGGAACCCCAAGAAACUUCUCACAGAACCCCUAGUAUUCUCUCAUGGAACCCUAAGGCUCCUAAGUACCCUAGUUGGGAAACAAUGAUUUUAAUCAAUGAAUAAUGCUCUAUUACAUCUGUCUAUGAAUCAAGGACUUCCAUUUUUGCUAAACCUUUGUAAAUUACAUCAACACAUGUUAUGUAUGCUUGUGUUUGCAUUUUGAAUAUUAAAAUGUUAUAAUGUAGGAAAUCGUAUACUAUGACUAUUUUUUAUAGAGUGAGAUAUGUGGCCAACAAAACAAAUAUAUUAAUGCAUUCACAUAUUUGCCUUAAUAUUGCACCAAAAUAUGGUGUUAGUUGAAUGUUCUUUUUCUCAAGUUGUUUAUAUCCCAUUUUUUAUUAUCAUUACAAUUAUCAAUACUCUGAUUGUGGAUAAAAAUUGUCUUGGAAAGUUUGUGUAAAUCUUCAUUGUAUUUCUUUGAUUGAUCUUAAGUCUUAGGGUUUUAUAGAACUUGAGCAUUUCUUUUGCAUAAUUUUUGUUAAUUUUCUUGCAAGUUCUAUGACAUUUUUCUUCACAUGUACUCAACCCUCUCUCUUCCUCUCUCUCCACACACACACACAUAUAUGUAUGUGUGUAUAUAU